AAACUGAGUCAUCAGAAAUUGAAGAACUAUCUUAUACCCAAAUAUCAACAUCCACUUCUAACAAACAGUCUUUAAUUGAUAAUUAUAUUUUAAAAUCUUUGUCUAAAAAGAUAAUUCAUAUUUUGAAACCUA